AUUUCCAACACCAAACCAGCAUGGGGAAAGCCAAGGGCAAGGCUGCUGCCGCUGCCGCACCGCUGCCGACAGGCAUGGCCGUCGGAGCCAAGUCGACGAGUGCCAAAGCAAGCUUGGACGCGCUCUUCGCCACCAAGAAAACAGCGGCCAAGGUUCCCAAAGAUGCCGGUGCAUCCAAACUGAAAACCACCGCUGUCGUCGCCGGCAAACAAGACAAGCAGACUGCCAAGCAUCAGCUCGACGCGCUCUUUUCCGGGAUCAAAGCCAAGAAGCAGCAAAAGAUCGACGAGGACAAUGCCGUCCGGCGACAAGAAGACAAGGAACUCGCGGAAAAGCGGGCCUACCGCAAACAUUUGGAAGCGUUGGAAGCUGAACAUAAGCAAAAGAACAACGACUCAUCCGACCCUCGACCUGUGCGUUAUGAUGCCGAUGGGUUGCCCAUCUACUCUGAGGAAUCAUUGCGGCUCAACCAAGGCGGGGAAACGGCAGACUGCCCGUUUGACUGCUGGUGCUGCUUCUAAAUAACUUACAAUCGUGAUAUUUCAAUACAUUCGUCAACAA